CAAUAUCAAUCAGUUGCGAUUGAGAUAAGCGAGGGUAUAAAUGUACUCGACGAUCGGUGCGCUUACGACUUUUUGUUUGUGAAGAUUUACGAUACGACAAUACGCUUACAAAGAAAGAAAAAAGCAAUAACAAAAAAGCAAACAAACAAUAAAAAAAUAAAUUGAAAUAAUUAACAAUUCUACAACAGCAAAAGUUUACAUUAAAUCAUAAGCUAUAGCUUAAUCAACGUUUCACAGAUGGAAUUGCUGGGGGAUAAGGAACAAGAGGCAAUCUUGGAUUCGCUGCAGGAAUGGUUUGAAGAUAAUCCAAAAUUUCCAAAUAAAAUUGAUCGUGUUUUACUAACCCGCUUCUUCUUCUGCAUGCACAAAGAUGAGGAAAAGACGAAGAAGCUAUUGGAAACCAACUACACAAUAAGGCUAGCCAAUCCAUAUAUUUUCACCAAACGGGAUCCAACAGAUCAGGACUCAAAGAACACAAUUGCCAUAGCAGAUAUUGUUCCCUUGCCCGGCCUAACAAAGGAGAAUUAUCGCAUUGUUGUGCAUCGUUUAACCAAUCCCGAUGCAAAUUUGAUGCAUCAUGCCGAGGACACUAAAACCUAUAUUAUGUUAAACGAUUGUCGCUUCAGUUUACCCGAUGCAAUCGUCGAUGGCGCUCCCGUCCUAUCCGCCGGUGACGUUCACAUCAGUGAUAUGUCCUGCCACAGUAUGGCCCACAUGAGACGUAUGUCGUUGCGUAUUCUACGAACAAUGCUCAAGUUUGUACAGGAAGCUUAUCCGGUGCGAAUUAAAGCCAUUCACAUGGUGAACUGUCCGUCGUAUAUGAAUAACAUGUUGGCAUUCGUGAGGCCCUUUGUUAGUAAAAAGGUAUUCGAAUUGAUGCACUUCCACACCUCGGGCAUUGAAAGUCUCUACGAAUUUAUACCGCAGGAUAUGUUGCCUGAAGAAUAUGGAGGAACCGCGGGAAAAUUGGCUGAUUUUAAGGCUCAGUUUCUUGAAAAAGUUAUGGAGAAAAGAGAUUAUCUAAUGGAUCCACAAUAUUGGGAGCUUGAAAAAGCCUAAGGGAGGCGGAGUAUGAAUUCUAAAAUUAUUUGUAUAUAUCUGCAUGUUAUCUAGUUACAAAUGUAUAAGAUCUAGUUUAGUAUAAUUUACAAAAAGAAUGUAUUUUUAAUUGCAAAUCAUCACAAGACCAUUUACAUAAAUAUAUAACUGGAAUUUCGGCAAAUAAAA